AUGUUGCCUGCAGGUGAUGUGGAGGUGAAAGUUGGCCAACAGUGAUCUCCAUCAUUUUGAUUUUACAUACCAGCAAGUUGAGAUCUUCAGUAGUUAGUUGCUGUGGUAGAGUUGGACAAGAGAAGAUGAUUGAUCUGAAGAAAGACUGGAGUAUUUCCUUUGCAGGAUGCGGUUUUAUGGGGAUUUACUAUGUUGGAGCCAGCAGCUGUAUCCUUGAACGGUUCCCUCGCUUCGUACAAGAUGCAUCUAAAAUCUAUGGAGCUUCUGCAGGUGCUCUGAUGGCUGCUGUUCUUACUAUUGGAAUCCCCUUAGAGAAAUGCUGUGCUGAUUUGAUGUUCAUGGCCAAAGAGGGCAGGAAGCACAAACUGGGGCCCCUGCACCCGGCAUACAACCUCAUGCAGAUCGUACAGGAGUCCCUGCAGAGAUGCCUUCCAGAAGACGCCCACGUUCGAGCCUCUGGGAAGCUCUGUGUGUCCCUGACCAGAGUAUCUGAUGGGAAAAACCAACUAGUGUCAGAGUUUGACACCAGAGAGGAGCUUAUUGAGGCCCUCGUGUGCAGCUGUUUCGUCCCUUUUUACUGUGGGGUUAUUCCGCCUACUUACCGUGGAGUGCAUUAUGUGGACGGUGCUGUCAGUGACAACCUGCCUCAGUGUCACCAGAGAAACACUGUCACGUUCUCAGCGUACGCCGGUGAGAGCGAUCUGUGCCCUCGAGGGAGCAGGCUCAACUUCUACGAGGUGCGCUUCAACAAUGUCAGCAUCCAGGUCAACUCAGAGAACAUGUACAGAGUGACCAGCACCUUCUUCCCCCCGCCGCCUCAGGCAAUGGCUGAAAUCUGCCAUAAUGGCUACAUAGAUGCUCUCCGCUUCCUGCAAGAGAACAAUCUGAUCAGCACUGAGUGUCCCACAAGGAGUCUGGAGACAGACGCACCAAAACCUGCUUGUUGUGAGCUGAAGGUGACGGAGCUGGCUGAGUCCCAUGACAACACACAACACAGUGAACUGAUACCACCUCAGGAUCAGCACUCAUGGCUGGAUCCACAGCUCAUACAACAUCUCCCAGUUAACAUCAAAAAGGCGCUGUGUGAGGCCUGUAGAGAGACGCCUUCAGCUGGUGGUCUGUUGUCCCAUGUGACCGGUUACCUGCCAAAGAAGGUGACGUCUUACCUGCAGAUCCCCCGUUCUCUGCCUGUGGAGUCGACCUACUCUGUAGCAAGGAGACUUGUGGGCUGGAUUCCAGAUGUACCACGGGAAAUGAGCUGGCUCUACGACAUGGCGGGAGACAUUUACAAACAGGCUUGGAAGGACAAAAGGGAGGAAUAUGACAGUGAGUCUUCACUGCGCAGAUCUACAAGCCUGCCAUCAGGCCUGAACCUGUUGGACCAGAGAGAAGAGGACAUAGACGCUCUCCCAAGGACCCCGGGAACCACUCUCACCUCCAGUUUUAUCCUCCCCUGGAACACACAUGGGGACCACAUGCCUCUGACUCCACCCCCUACACCCACCGUCAGCCCCACCUCUGGGUUUGGUGAAGCUGCCACAGAGUCACCCAAGAAUGCAGGUGGAGGCUGGGGUUUGGGCAGAGCGGUGGACUGGAUUCGAAAUAUUGCAUCCGAGCAAACUUCAGAUGUCAAGAAAACGGACGAUUAAGUUUUCGGCAUUCAAGUAAAUCUAUUUAAUAUUGCACUGAAA